ACGAUGACUCGGCACAAAUCCGUCACGAUCCGACGUCGGGAGCGGAAAGGAGGAAGUCGGUUCACGCCUCUGGUUGUUCACCUGACCCCGUCUUUACAUCCAGUCUGCAGCGGAAAACAGACGACCCGAGUCGUUUUUCUACACCAGGAGAAGCGAACUGCGUGAUCUGGAAGAAUGCCUCCAUACACCAUCACCUACUUCGCAGUCAGAGGGCGUUGUGGUGCCAUGAGGAUCAUGAUGGCUGAUCAGGGCAUGGAGUGGAAGGAGAAUGUGGUCUCCUUCGGGGACUGGCAGAAAGGAGAUCUGAAAAAUACCUGCGUCUUUGGGCAGUUGCCCAAGUUCCAAGACGGUGACUUGGUCUUAUUUCAAUCCAACGCCAUUCUGAGGCAUCUGGGUCGCAACCACGGAGCCUAUGGAAAGGAUGCCCAGGAGUCUGCCCUCAUCGACAUGAUGAAUGAUGGGGUGGAGGACCUGCGCCUCAAAUAUGUCAAGCUGAUUUACCAAGAAUAUGAAACUGGAAAAGCAGCUUACAUUGAAGAUCUGCCGAACACCCUCUCCAAGUUUGAAGCUGUGAUGGCGAAGAACAAAACGGGUUUCCUGGUUGGCGACAAGAUUUCUUUGGUGGACUACAGCCUGUUUGAAGUUCUGCUAAACCACCUCACAUUGGAUCCGUCCUGUCUGGACAACUUCCCGGCCCUCAAGAGCUUCGUGGAAAAGAUGUCGGCACGCCCAAAAAUCAAGUCCUUCCUGGACUCUGACGCCUACAAGAAAUUACCUAUCAACGGCAACGGAAAACAGUGAAUUGAUCUUAUUUCUGUCCUACUUCAAUGUUGACAGAAAAAGUUGAUAAAAUGUUUGUAGAAGAUCAAGUUUUAUACUCAGUACUGUAAUAAGUCACUUUGAAAAAGAACAAUAAAGGUAGACAAUAUACGUUA